UGAAAUCUUUUUCCUACUCUACUACUCUUCAUCCAUAUCACCCUUUUUCAAUCGGAAAAUGCAAUCAAAAAUAAAAAUUUCACGUGUUACAAAUAAGGGAUUGCAUUUAUUGUUCAGCAGAUAUGGAAAUAGGAUUUCACUUUGCCAGAAACACACAACUGCAGCAGUUGAGCCAUUAGCUCAAGGCUAUGAUCCGGCAGUUGUGGAAAAAGACAAAUAUGUUUUUCGAAAAACACAAAAACAUGGUGGUAGCAAACACGGGUCAUAUCGCAUGAUACUGCCACCACCCAAUGUAACAGGAAAUCUGCAUUUAGGCCAUGCUUUGAAUGCGACCAUACAAGAUGUCAUUUGCCGGCAGCAUCGGCAAUCAGGAUAUGAAGUUGAGUGGAUACCAGGCACUGAUCAUGCGGGCAUAGCUACACAAGUUAUUGUAGAGAAAAGUUUAUUUAAAGAACGUGGCAUUACACGACAUCAGCUUGGACGUAUACCUUUUUUACUGGAAGUCUGGAAAUGGAAGCGGAAAAAAGGGGACAGUAUCAUUGAGGAUUUACGAAGACUAGGUUGCACGCUCGAUUGGGAUAGUGAAUACUUUACAAUGGAUGAAAAACAAUCAUACGCAGUCAAUACAGCUUUUAUUCGGCUUUUCGAAGAUGGUCUCAUACAACGACAAGAUUCACUAGUUAAUUGGUCAUGUGCGUUAGAAUCAACAAUUUCGGAUAUAGAGGUUGAUUUACUACAGUUAAAUGGACCAACCGCGCUCACUGUACCUGGGCACAAAACCAGCGUCGAAUUUGGACGAAUAUAUGAUAUUAAAUAUCGCGUAAGUAAUUCAAGUGAUGAAAUAACAGUCUCCACAACACGACCCGAAACUUUGUUGGGCGAUGUAGCCGUAGCGGUACAUCCUCAAGAUCCAAGAUACAGUAAAUAUCUCAACCAAGAUCAAGUGUUUCUCAAACAUCCUUUUCGAAACGAACAUAUUCCGCUAAUUUUCGAUGUAAAAGUAGACAAAGAAUUUGGGACCGGUGCCGUAAAAAUCACACCUGCACACGAUCGUAAUGAUUACGAUAUGGCUAAGGACCAUCUUUUGGAGCCUAUACAAGUAUUCACUGAGCAGGGUACAAUUACCGAUCAGUUUGACGGCUUUAAGGGCUUACCAAGGUUCGUUGCACGCCAACUGAUUUUGGAUAAGCUCGCAAAUCUGGAACUUCUGGGUGCGGCGAAACCUCAUGCCAUGGUUCUGCCCAUUUGUUCACGCUCAAAGGAUGUUGUCGAAUACAUGUUGCGACCACAGUGGUUUUUGCACUGCAAACCUCUGGCAGAGGCAGCAAUAUCGGAAGUACGAAGUGGUCGGCUAAAAAUUCAGCCGGAAAAUUUUGAGCUUGAUUGGUAUCGUUGGCUUGAAGGAUGUCACGACUGGUGCAUAUCGCGUCAAUUGUGGUGGGGACAUCAAAUACCUGCUUACCUAGCCACCGAUGUUGAUGGCAACACUUGCUGGGUAGCCGCACACAGUGAAGAGGAAGCUAUAAAAAUUGCGCGAACAAAACUAAAAGCAGAAGUAAGCACCAUUGAAAGAGAUCCUGAUUUAUUGGAUACGUGGUUCUCUUCGUCACUGCUGCCUUUCUCUGUAUUCAAUUGGCCUUCUUCGGAAUAUAAAAGUCGAUAUCCUUUGGACUUAAUGGCAACGGGGCAUGACAUACUCUUUUUCUGGGUAGCCAGAAUGGUAAUGUUGGGUUUGAAACUCACAGGAGAGACCCCAUUCAAAAAAGUACUACUAAAUGGUAUUGUGUGUGAUGCGCAUGGCCGUAAAAUGUCCAAGAGUCUGGGCAAUGUUGUAACGCCGAAACAAGUUAUAGAAGGUGCUAGUGUUGAGAAUCUACAAGCGGAUCUGCAACAAUCCCAUGAUGCUGGUAUACUGAGCAAAGAAGAACUGAAAAAAUCUUUCAAAGGUUUACAAAAAAUGUUUCCGAAAGGAAUACCACAAUGUGGCACAGAUGCACUACGUUUCACCCUCUGUAGUCAUAAUAUAAAAAGUCAUUUUAUUAAUUUUGACGUGGCCGAGUGCUAUACAAAUAAGCUGUUUCUCAACAAAAUCUGGCAAGCGACGCGUUAUACUAUUGGUGCGGCUGAAAAAUUGAAUUUACCAUUGGCGGAUAUUGAAACAUUGGGAAAUUGUCCGUUGGACAAGUGGGAUCGUUGGAUACUCAGCCGCUUAGCGGACACUUUGACAACAGUUGCUCAAAGCAUUGAUCAACACGACUUUCACAUGGCGACUUCAUCCUUCAAACAAUUCUUUUACAAUAACUUGUGCGAUGUUUACCUGGAGACCACAAAGCCAGCCAUCAAUGAAGGUACCGCCAACGGCUACAUCAACUGUGCCACGCUCGCCACCUGCUUGAGUUGGGGUCUACAAGCUAUGUCUGUGUUUACUCCCUUUAUUUCCGAAGAGUUGAUAAAACAUUUGCCUCGCGGCAUACAUUUGAACUUGAGUAGAUAUUUAAAUGCUGACAUCGAGGCAGAGAUUGAGGUGAUAUUGAGUAUUUGUCAAGCUAUACGCCAGCUGAAGAGCCAAAACAAGAUAUCGAAAAAGCACGAACCUUGCGUUUAUAUAUUUGCACCAGAUUCGAAAACAGUUGGUGAGCUUGAGCUGCAUUUGAAACCAAUGACCGCGCUCACCUUGACCAAAGAGGUGUUUGUAGAAUACGUAACGGAAAAUAAAUUAAAGCAACGAAGACAGAACUUUGAGUUCUUUUCAACAGCGGGUCAUUACUGUGCUUUUGGUUUGCAAGUAAAUAAAACAUACGAACAAAUGCGAGAGCAAGUUAAGCCCGUUAGUGAAUUGAAUCAAAAGAAACUGGAUCGCCUGCAAGCCGAACUGGAACGAUAUCGUAUGCGUGUGAACGACGAGGGUUUUCUGCGUUCGGCUAGCGAUGCGGUGCAGAAACGGCAUAAUCAAAAGAUACAACAACUGGAAUUGGAAAUAAAAAAUAUUCUAAAUUUGGCCAGCUAAAAUGUUAUUAAAAAAUUGGCGUAAUGCAGAUGGGUUUGUUAAGUUAAAUUUGUUGUUGUUACCUUACUAUAGCGAAAUUUCACUAUAUCGAACAUGUAUGUUUGUAUUUAUAUUUAUGUAAUAAUUAUGUAUAUACAUAUAUAUUAAAAAACUAUCGUUAGGAAACCAGCGAAAACACAACGAA